GUUGUGCAGUGGGACACCUGGGACAAGACCAGACAUUUUCCAACCAUUGAGGAGGAGCCGCUUGUGAUUGCUUUGCCUUUCGACACCUCGCUGGUGGUAAUUCCUGACUUCCUCAUAAAGUCGGAGAUUUUCGCGCUGCAGCAAGCAACACUGCCCGGCGCCCUGAACUAUGAGCAGCCCAGGCGGCAGGUGCGGAACCCUGACGGAAGCUUCACACACUUCAACGAGAGGCACAAAGAGGCCUGGCUUUGUAACGAGUACGACUAUCGAGACACACGCCGGGUUGCACCGCCCCGUGUGCAUGUUGGACAGAAGCUGUCAGGCAAAGUGGAGGAAGUGCUCCAGCGCGCUGCUGAGGCCAUCUCCGCACCUCUGAACGGCGUCAUGUGCCGAUGGGAGCCGCCAGGUGUUCACCUCAAAGAUGGGCCGCACACCUAUGCAACACAUUGCGGCUGGGGAAAAGAGACUGUCAUUGGCCUCAUGGCUGUGGGAGCCACGCGAGUGUACCAUAUCCACGGGAUCCCAUGGUAUCAUGGUCGAGGUAGGCGUGAAGUUGUUGCCUUGAACAUUCCGCUCAAGGAAGGCUUGUUGAUUGCAUUGGGCGGCCCUCUGCGCGAGAAAUGGCUCUACGCACAGCCACGCGACGAGGAGCUGCUCCCGGAGCGCGUGCAGUUCACUCUGCAGCUGCACGCAGAUGUGGAAGUACAGAAGGCCCAGCACCUUUUGGCUUCCCCACACCCGGAAGCCUUCUCGGCCUCAAGAAUAAGAGAGAAUUCUUGCAUGCUGGCACAGGCAAGCAACUUGUCUGCGCAGCAGCGUAGUUCAGAGAAAAAUUGA